AUGGCAGAUUUCGCUCCUUCCAAGUACAUCACUCUCGUCUCGGCCGACGAGUUCGAGUUUGUUGUGCUACGAGAGGCAGCUACCAUCAGCCCCAUGAUCAAGAGCAUGUUGGAGAUACGGGGUACUGGCAGUCUUGUGGAAGCCCAGACUGGACGUUGUGCCUUUCCCGAGAUCAGUGGCCAAGUGCUGGAGAAGGUAGUCGAGUACUUCCACUACUGGUACAAGAACCGGGACAGGGAAGACGUUCCCGAUAUGGAUAUCCCUGUCGAGCUCUGCCUGGAGCUCUUGAUGGCGGCAGACUACCUGCAGCUUGACAAGCCGACAUGA